GUUAAAAAAAAGUUAGGUUAGCAAUACUAAAAUAAAGAAAGUCGUUAUACUGCUUUAAUUUAUCAAUUUCUUUGUUAAAAUUAAGGACAAUGAGUUCUGGAUUUAUAUCUGAAUCCGAAAUAUUGGAGCAGAGACGACGUCGCCAAGAAGAAUGGGACAAAGUUCGAACUGAAGACCAACCCAAAGAGGCCCCAGAAGAGCCGUAUGACACCAGGCCUCUGUACCAGCGCCUUGAGGAACAGAAGAUGAGGAAGGACGCUGAAUAUGAGGAGGCUCACAAACUAAAAAACAUGAUCCGAGGGCUGGAUGACGACGAGGUGGGCUUCCUGGACCUGGUGGAGCGCAGCAAGGCCAAAGCGGCGCAGCAGAUCUCCUUGCAGGAGCAGAAGGAGAUGCAGGAGUUCAGAGAGCGCGUGUCAACAUUAGCCGAGAGCGAGGAGCUGACGAGGCUGCGCGCGCAGCUCGCGCCGGCGCGCACCACUCCCGCGCAGCAACAGAAGAACAAACUGCAAGGGGUGGUGGUGAGAAAACGUAAAGCGAGCGAGUUGGAGGCAGAAAAAGGCGCCCCUGUGCCCCCGCCGGCCAAAACUAACGCCAAUGGUACAGACAGUGUGCCUUCCGCCGACGGAGUUGAAUUAGGAGCGAUGCGGUGCGUGGGAGUCUUGCCCGGGCUGCGACACUACGGCACUGAUUCCUCUAGUGACACCGGGGACUCUAGCGACAGCGAACCAGAGGACAAAUGCUGCAAGCGCGACCUUCUGGGCCGGCGGCCGUCCACCGACAAGCACAAGGAGAAAAAAAAAUAAAAGGCCUAAAGACCC